AUGGUGAACCCAAUGAACUUUCUUCUCUUACUUCUUCUCUUCAUCUUGUUCUACUCUGCAACAGCCACUCCAACAUACAAUGUUGUUCAGUUAGGUGCUAAAAACGACGGCAGAACCGAUUCGACGAAAGCUUUUACUACCGCCUGGGCCAGCGCUUGCAGUUCUCACCAGUCCGCCAUAAUCUACGUCCCACAGGGAAAGUUUUUGCUCAGAAACGUCAAUUUUGCCGGUAAAUGCAACAACACUCAUAUCACCAUACGCAUCGACGGCACCCUCGUUGCUCCAUCAGAGUACAAUGUGAUCGGUAACAGUGGAACUUGGAUCAUGUUCCAGUCCGUCACCGGCGUUACCAUCCACGGUGGUACCCUUGAUGGCCAAGGCUCUUCUCUCUGGUCUUGCAAGAAUUCCGGCCAGAGUUGCCCCUCCGGAGCUUCGAGUCUAGGCUUCUCCAACUCAGAGAACAUUGUUAUCAGUGGAUUAAAGUCGUUAAACAGCCAAUUGUUUCACAUUUUCAUCAAUGGUUGCCAGAAUGUGAAUGUCCGAGGGGUGACGAUCUCGGCGGACGGCAAUAGCCCGAACACGGAUGGUAUUCAUGUACAGUUAUCGAGCAGUGUUACAAUCUUGGGAGCUAGCAUCAAGACCGGUGAUGAUUGCAUCUCUAUUGGCCCCGGCGCCACAAACCUGUGGAUGGAACACAUUACAUGUGGACCUGGACAUGGUAUCAGCAUUGGAAGUCUGGGUAAGGAUACUCAAGAGCAAGGUGUGCAGAACGUUACUAUCAAAACCGUUACUUUUAGUGGGACCCAAAAUGGUUUCAGAAUCAAAACGUGGGGAAGACCUAGUAACGGUUUCGUCAAAGGAGUGCUUUUCGAAGGUGCCACCAUGGAGAAUGCGAAUAAUCCAAUCGUAAUUGACCAAAAUUACUGCCCAAGCGAAAAAGAUUGCCCUGGAAAGGUUUCAGGAGUUAAAAUCAGCCAAGUGACAUAUAGUAAUAUCCAUGGAACAUCUGCGUCAGAAGUUGCUGUUAAAUUCGACUGCAGCUCGGGGAACCCAUGCAGUGGUAUAAGAUUGGAAGAUGUUCAGCUUACUUAUGGUAAUCAGACGGCUCAAUCGUCUUGUUCAAAUGCUGGUGGAACAUCUUACGGUGUAGUAAAUCCUUCAAGCUGUUUGUAGUAUGACGACGGAAAAAACAAAAAAAAAUACUUACGAUACCAUAAAAUACAAAUGAAUUUUUUUUUUCCUCCCCUAUUUUGGCAUUGCACCUAUAUGUAUUGAAGUGCAAGUGC